UUUGUAUUUGUAGUACCACCGAAGGACGCAUGCUUAGUUCCUACAAACGAUACGACCUUAUUGAAAAAAAUAGGAGAAAAAUGGCAUUCAAAUCAACCGUGUCUAUCAUAUACCUGCUCAUAUGGCCCUGAUGGAUUACCACUAGUAAUAGGCGAGAAAAAAGUGUGUGAAACCACUUGUAAUGAAGGUUUCGAAUACAUCGUAGAAGAAGGAAAAUGUUGUGGAAAUUGUAUUCAAACAAUGUGUAAUUACAACCAAACAUUUUAUAAACCUGGUGACAUAUGGUAUAGUGAUGACAACUGCACUACAUUUAAAUGUGAAAUCAGGGAAACGAAUUUCUUCAUUGAAGUUUCGACAGAAACCUGCCCCGAUGUUGCAACUUGCCCUGACAAUCAGAAAUAUGAAGACGGAUGCUGUAUUCGAUGCAAACUCCAACCCGAUUCUCAGAAAAAUUGCCUUCCAGUCUCAAUGGUAGAUACUGAAACCGUUGGGAUUAUCCAAAUUUAUGAAGGUAAACACGGUCUUUGCAAAAACAAAGAUGUUAUCUACGGAUUUACCGAAUGCCAGGGAUCUUGUUCGUCUGGAUCCAAAUUUAAUCCCGCAACACAUAUCCAAGAAACUUUCUGCCAUUGCUGUAAACCAGAGAAAUAUGAUCUAUUGCCUGUUACUUUAAAAUGUAACGAUGGAUCUACGACAACGAAGCAGAUACAAAUUCCAUCAUCUUGUUCAUGUUCUCCGUGCUCUGAAAAUAUUCCAUUUUCUGAAGUUGAUGCAGAAUAUGUUAAAAUUGGAAAAGGCGUUGAUGCGAAGAAAAAGUAUUCGACAAAAAAUAGAGGCGCAAAGAAAGGAUAAAUUAUGAAUUUUCCUUACUGCUGAUUUUCACUUACAUAUAUUACAGUCUACAGACAAUCUACUGUCAUUUUUUAAAUAAAUAUUUGCAUAAUUAUAUUCA